AUGGCUUCUCCCCAUGUACUUCUAUUUCCCUUCAUGUCAAAGGGACACACAAUCCCAGUCCUCCAACUAGCCAGCCUCCUCCUCCACCGUGGCGCCUCUGUCACUCUCUUCACUACACCGGCUAACCGCCCUUUCAUCUCUACCGCUCUUUCCGACACCACAGUAUCCAUCAUAGACAUCCCAUUCCCGAAAAACAUUGACGGCAUACCUCCCGGCGUGGAAAGUACUGAUAAACUCCCUGAUAUGUCCCAAUGGCCUCGGUUAGUCAUUGCAGCAAAACUCAUGAAACCCGGCUUUGAAAAGGCAUUAACUUCUCUCCCACGCAUCAGUUUCAUGGUUACAGAUGUAUUUCUCGGCUGGACACUGGAGUCAGCGCAGAAAUUUGGCAUCCCAAGACUUGUUUAUCACGGCACGAGCAAUUUUUCCAUGGCUCUUUCAUUUGAUGCAUCUCCAUCUCAGCAGCUUCUUAUAGAUUCGGGGUCGGAUAAUAAAAAAUUAUUCACGAUUCCACGUUUUCCUUGGAUUAAAUUUUCAAAAAAUGAUUUUGAUCCUGCGUUUGUAGAUCCAGAGUCCCAGUAUAAAAAACAUAUUGAAUAUAUCUUGGAGCAAGUUCAAGCGACGGGAAAAAGCUAUGGUAUAAUUGUUAACAGCUUCUACGAGCUGGAAUCAGUUUACGCUGAUUACUGGAAUAGGGAAGUCAAGCCGAAAGCAUGGUGUGUUGGACCACUUUGUCUGGCGCCGGCGCCACAAAACAAGGCGGAAAAUGGCCAAACACGGUCGUGGAUUCAGUGGCUUGACAGAAAGCAAGAAGAAGGAAAACCAGUUCUGUUUGUGGCAUUCGGAUCACAAGCAGAUAUAUCAAGAGAACAAAUCAAGCAGAUCAAAACUGGGUUGGAAAAUUCCGGCGUCAAUUUUUUGUGGGUUGUUCGGAGUAAGCUAGCUGAAGAUGAUGACGAGUUUGAAUAUCAGGUAAGAGACAGAGGAAUGUUGGUGAAAGAAUGGGUUGAUCAGAGGGAAAUUCUUGAACACUCUUGUGUUCAAGGUUUUUUAAGCCACUGCGGAUGGAACUCAGUAAUGGAGAGUAUAUGUGCAAAUGUACCAAUACUGGCAUGGCCGAUGAUGGCAGAGCAACCGCUGAAUGCAAAGAUGGUGGUGGAGGUGAUUGGAGUUGGGCUGAGGGUUGAUACUUCUGAUGGUUUUGUGAGCUGGGAGCAUUUGAAGAAAAUGGUGAAAGAGUUGAUGGAGGGAGAGAUGGGGAAGAUGGCGCGGAAGAAGGUGAAGGAGGUCGGUGGCGCCGCUGCAAAAGCAGUUGCAGAAGGCGGGUCCUCCUGGAAGGCGUUGAAUGAGCUCAUAAAUGAGUUGCAUGAAGAAACGGAGGUGGCGCCGCUGCAAAAGCAGUUGCAGAAGGCGGGUCCUCCUGGAAGGCGUUAA